AUGGCCAAUAUGCUGCUCGUGAUAGUGGCACUCACCGGCGUUGCUGUGGGGAAAUCCGCAUGCACGUCCAACCGGCCCCAGAUGAAGAGCUGCGGGGCGGAGUGCUUCAGCCACAGCGACGUGGCAUCUUGCUCAGCCGACUGCCUGGAGCAGAAGGGUGAAAGCUCCGUUUGUGCGCAGUGCUAUGGUCCCAAGAUCCAAUGCUCCAUCGAGAAGUGCGUGGACAAGUGCAACAACGAGUUCGACUUUAACGGGGACUGCCAGGCAUGCAUGAUGCAGACAUGUAACUUUGCUACCUCUUGCACCCCUGACAAGUCCGCGCCGGCACCAGUGGAUGCUUCCUUGCUCAAGGAGCUUGUCACCCUCGCCAAGACAAAGGACCCUGUUGCGGAGCCUGCGGCGGUUUGUGUGUCCAACAGGCCCGAGAUGAAGAGCUGCGGGGCGGAGUGCUUCAGCCACAGCGACGUGGCAUCUUGCUCAGCCGACUGCCUGGAGCAGAAGGGUGAAAGCUCCGUUUGUGCGCAGUGCUAUGGUCCCAAGAUCCAAUGCUCCAUCGAGAAGUGCGUGGACAAGUGCAACAACGAGUUCGACUUUAACGGGGACUGCCAGGCAUGCAUGAUGCAGACGUGCAACUUUGCUACCUCUUGCACCCCCGACAAGUCCGCGGCGGCACCAGUGGAUGCUUCCCUGCUCAAGGAGCUUGUCACCCUCGCCAAGACAAAGGACCCUGUUGCGGAGCCUGCGGCGGUUUGCGUGUCCAACAGGCCCGAGAUGAAGAGCUGCGGGGCGGAGUGCUUCAGCCACAGCGACGUGGCAUCUUGCUCAGCCGACUGCCUGGAGCAGAAGGGUGAAAGCUCCAUCCAGUGCUCCAUCGAGAAGUGCGUGGACAAGUGCAACGACGAGUUCGACUUCAACGGGGACUGCCAGGCAUGCAUGAUGCAGACGUGCAACUUUGCUACCUCUUGCACCCCCGACAAGUCUGCGCCGGCACCAGUGGAUGCUUCCUUGCUCAAGGAGCUUGUCACCCUCGCCAAGACAAAGGACCCUGUUGCGGAGCCUGCGGCAGUUUGCGUGUCCAACAGGCCCGAGAUGAAGAGCUGCGGGGCGGAGUGCUUCAGCCACAGCGACGUGGCAUCUUGCUCAGCCGACUGCCUGGAGCAGAAGGGUGAAAGCUCCAUUUGUGCGCAGUGCUAUGGUCCCAAGAUCCAGUGCUCCAUCGAGAAGUGCGUGGACAAGUGCAACGACGAGUUCGACUUUAACGGGGACUGCCAGGCAUGCAUGAUGCAGACGUGCAACUUUGCUACCUCUUGCACCCCCGACAAGUCCGCGCCGGCACCAGUGGAUGCUUCCUUGCUCAAGGAGCUUGUCACCCUCGCCAAGACAAAGGACCCUGUUGCGGAGCCUGCGGCGGUUUGCGUGUCCAACAGGCCCGAGAUGAAGAGCUGCGGGCGGAGUGCUUCAGCCACAGCAUGCAUGAUGCAGACGUGCAACUUUGCUACCUCUUGCACCCCCGACAAGUCCGCGCCGGCACCAGUGGAUGCUUCCUUGCUCAAGGAGCUUGUCACCCUCGCCAAGACAAAGGACCCUGUUGCGGAGCCUGCGGCGGUUUGCGUGUCCAACAGGCCCGAGAUGAAGAGCUGCGGGGCGGAGUGCUUAAGCCACAGCGACGUGGCAUCUUGCUCAGCCGACUGCCUGGAGCAGAAGGGUGAAAGCUCCGUUUGUGCGCAGUGCUAUGGUCCCAAGAUCCAGUGCUCCAUCGAGAAGUGCGUGGACAAGUGCAACGACGAGUUCGACUUUAACGGGGACUGCCAGGCAUGCAUGAUGCAGACGUGCAACUUUGCUACCUCUUGCACCCCCGACAAGUCCGCGCCGGCACCAGUGGAUGCUUCCUUGCUCAAGGAGCUUGCCGGUCUUGCGAAGCCCAAGUCCGGCUCUGACGUCCUGUACCCAUAG